CUUGACAUAAUGAUUUGUAACACAUCUUCCUUUUUGUGAAGUUUUUACUUACAGAUACCACUUGGUUUCAAAAGGUCUAUGGCCUAGUGAGUUUUUACGAUACUUUUAAGAUUCUGUUGUAUAAAUAAGAACAAAGCGAUGUAUAUACUUGUUUUGCAUGUUAUAGCCAUUAUUUUUUUGAAGAAUGUGGACUCACAGAGUAUCAGGUUGUCGGGUGGAAGUGUCUCUUGGGAAGGCCGAUUGGAGGUUUGGUGGUACAAAACCGGAUGCUGGCUCUUCUGUGAAAGUCGAUGGGAGUGGGGUACAGUAUGCGACGAUUUCUUUGACAUGAACGAUGCAAACGUUGCCUGUCGAUCGCUUGGCUACGUCGGAGCUGCGUCUUAUAGGACUUGGGGAGGUGGUGGUGGUCCCAUCUGGAUCGACGACCUUCAUUGUGGAGGUGGAGAAAGCCAGAUUUGGCACUGCAGUAGCCAAAAAUGGGACAAUUCCAACUGCGGCCAUGGAGAAGAUGUAGGAGUUGUUUGCGACAUUAAUCACUGUAGCCAACUAGCACCUUGUCAAAAUGGCGCCGCCUGCAGUGAUGGCGUGGGAACAUAUACUUGCACGUGUGUUAUCGGAUAUACCGGAACCAACUGCGAAACUAAUAUUAAUGAGUGCGCUUCCGGGCCGUGUCAGAAUGGAGCACAUUGUAAUGACUUAGUCAAUCAAUACACGUGCAGUUGUGUGCCUGGUUAUGUUGGCACGCAUUGCGAGACAGACGUCAACGAGUGCGCUUCAGACCCAUGUCAACAGGGCGGAGCCUGCCUAAACGAGAUUAACCAAUACACAUGUCAAUGUGUCUCGGGCACAGAAGGAACAAACUGUGAAAUAGACAUUGACGAAUGCGCGUCUGGUCCGUGCCAAAAUGGAGGAACGUGUACAGAUCUUUUCAAUCACUUUGUCUGCGCAUGCCUACCGUGGUACUACGAAUAUAACUGUGCCUCAUUGGAUGGAUCAUACAGUUUUAGAACGUUCACUAAGUUCAAAAAUCACGCACUCGUCGACAAGUCCUACAGCAUCUCUCAAACUCGCAGUGAGAUUGAGUGUUUAAGGAAAUGUUUAGGGAUGGCAGAUUGUCAGUCAGUGAACUUUAAAAGCACAUUGGGUACCUGUGAAAUUGCAAGUGUGACGAAAGCUGACCAUGCUCUGGAUUAUAUUUCCUCAUCUGCGUCGGCGUACUUUGAAUAUAAGCCUUGAUUUUCAUUUCAUUUCUUCAUUUUUAUUUCGGAAUUGUACAUCUAGGUCUAUGCAAAAUUACGAAAUACACCAUCUUAAGAAUAUAUUGUACAUAAAAAGAAAUAUGCUAAGCCGAGCCCUAACUCUAGAUAUAAAUAUUCAAUACCUUUCCGUAGUGUCAAUCAAAUUAACAACUGACCAAUCAGAACAGGGCCAGAAAUACGCGCGUCUUUCAAACACACGUGUUUUUACACUGUCGUUUUGCGAGACCUUAGCAACAAUAUCCAAUGGGCGGGGUUUAGUGGAAAGGUCCACUGAGAAUGAACGCAACAGUCAUAAAUAUUGCGUCUUGAUAAUCAAACUAUAGAAUACUGUAGGGCUCUGAGGAUGGUUGGGAAUGUGGAGGGGUAGAUUCCACCCAGUAUUUUUUGACUUGUGAGGUUACACUGAACAGACGAUGGACAUUCAAGUCCAGAUGCGUAGUAUGAUACUGUACUUCCGUAAAGUACA